AUGGAAAUCAGUUCAGAUCCCAGUAAAAAGGGCGCAUCACUGGAGUCAUGGUUCAUCAGAAAAUUCAGAAACUGGAAUGUCUUGAAGCCCCGGGUUCGGACGGCAGAGUCAAACACCUCACACCCUGCUCAUCAAGAAGCGAAGACACAGACUGCUGCUAAGACUGAGAUACUAGAAACACCAAAACCGAUUCCUCUUAGUGAGCUGGGACCGAGUCUCCUCUUCCAAUUGGCCGCUGAGGUACUCAGCCACUCGGGGGGUAAUCCUGCACUCACCAACAUGACCGGAGAAGUCGAUGACCAGGGUGAAGAAGUACUGCAAGAAGUUCUUCCACAGAACCACCCUGAGAUUGACGAGUCCAACGAGAACUUUUAUGACUGGAUGCAACAAUAUGUGGAAGAACAAAGGGCGAUGUUUGAAAGUGAAGCGGAGGAAUUCAGCGGCUGA